AUGGAGUACUCCAAGACGGCGAUCUAUGGAAAUCGAGUGCCGGCUGGGUUCUUGGCGAUGAGACACCUGUUUGUGCUCGAGGAGAUGGUGCUGUGUCGACGCGCCGGCCCAUCCGGCCUCGUCGCCGCCAAGACCCUCCUCCACAACGCGCCAGCGGGCGCCUUCACCGUCACCGUAUACGACGCCCAGAAGCGCAUCGGCGGCCUCUGGCCCACCCGCCGCGAUGACUCCGACGGCCUCGUCCACCCGCUCAUGGUCGCGAACCAGAGCAAGCACACCGUCCAGUUCAGCGACCACGCCUGGAGCCCCGACGAUCCCGAGUUCCCCCGCGCCUGGAUGAUCGGCCGCUACCUCGAGCGGUACCUCGAGCGCUACAAGGGCGCCGAGGUGAAGCUCGGUCACCGCGUCGUGAAGACCGAUCUGGCCGGCGACGGGACGUGGAGCGUUACUGUGAAGUCUGAUGCUGGAGAGGAGACGAGCGUGUUCGAUUACCUGCUCAUCUCGUCUGGAUUCUUCGGGAAGCCUAUCGUGCCGGAUGUGGCUGGGAAGACGGACGUGCCUGUGAUUCACAGCAGCAAGUACCGCGAUCUUCAAAGCCUGUUCCCGGAUGGCGUUAAGAAUGGCGGGAAGAUCUUGGUCGUAGGAGGCCAGAUGUCGGGCGUCGAGAUAUCCGGCACCAUCGCGACUCACCUCUCCGCGGCCGUCAACUCACCCGACCCGGUACCGGUGCCAAACGCAGACAAACUCUCGGUUCACCACCUCAUCCAGCGUCCAGUCUGGGUAUUCCCACUCUACACCACCCCAAAGCCCGGCUCGGCAGCAGCCCCUUUUCUCCCCUUGGACCUCCCGUCCUACAACCUCGCCAACCGCCCUCAGCCGCUCCAGAACAGCCAAGGCCACAUCACACCCGAAGCCGCGAAGCUAACCCACGGCAUCUACACCGCGUCCCUCGGCGAAGACCAAUCCUCCUUCUCCCCGACCGUCGCCGUCACCCCCGACCACCACUCCGACCCCGCCUACCUCGCCGUGAGCGAGAACUACAUGGAACUCGUCCGCUCCGGCCUCAUCACCGUCUCCAACGGCAAACUCACCUCGGUCACCUCCAACACCGCAUCCACAACAACGAACCCCGUAGAAGACGUCGCGGCCGUCAUCCUCGCCACGGGCUUCGACCCGUCCCCGUGCCUCUCCUUCCUGCCACCCUCCGUCCUCGAGACCCUCCAACACUCCCCCCAACACCGCGACCUGCCCCUCGCCCUCGCCUUCCACGGCACCCACGUCAAGGACCUCCCGACCCUCGGCUUCGUCGGCUUCUACAGGUCGCCCUACUGGGGCGUGAUGGAGAUGCAGGCCCGCUUCCUCGCGGCCCUCUGGACCCCGUCCUCCCUCGCCCCGCGCCCGCCCAAGCUCGCGGACGCCCUCCUCGACGACGCCUCCGACUGGCGCACCGUCUCCCUCCGCGACGACCCCCGCGCGUCGCAGUUCCCCAUGGGCGACUACGCGUACCUGAUGCAGGAAUUCUCCUCGGCGCUGGGGAUCCCCAUCAACCCCUUCCCGGACCCGCCGACGCCCGUCCUGCCGCACAACAGCAAACCGAUGGACAUCCUCACGCCCGCGCGCUACCUCUCCCCUCUCGCCGAUGACGCCGCCAGAGAACAGGCCGCGACGUCGCUCGCGACGACCCGCGACACCGCCAUCGCGGGCCUGACCACCCCGCGCUUCGCGGCCAAGGCCGUCUUCCGCAGCCUGCUGGGGACGUGGAACCUGGAGCGGGACCUGACGAGCAGGCUGCCCACGCACCCGAGCGGGCACUUCAGCGGGAAAGCGCAGUUCCUCCUCCGCGACAGGACCUCCGACGGGCUGAAGUGCGUCUCGGGCACGGCGCCGGCGGGCGAGGAUCCCGCGGACGAGGGUCUGGCGACGGAGUACCUCUACAUUGAGGACGGCGAGUUCCGCGCGGCCAACGGGCUCGUGUUCCGCGCUACGCGACGCUACGUCUGGAGGUAUGAUGAGAAGAAGGACUGCGUCAGCGUGUGGUUCGUCAAGACGGACGAUGCCAAGAAGGCUGAUUAUUUAUUCCACGAGAUCGAAUUCAGCCAGCCUCCCGAAGGUGACGACAAGGGAUGGAAGGCCAAGGCGGGACAUCUCUGCAUCGAUGAUUACUACAACGUCAACUAUGACUUCAUUUUCAAGGCUGUCAACCUGAAGGAAUGGAACAUAGAAUACACGGUCACCGGGCCGAAGAAGGAUUACACGAUACAAGGAGUAUAUAGACGAUAG